CUUUUUUUCCCCACCCCCUUUCCUAGGCAUCGCUCUUCUUCUGAGAAUAACUGCAAGAACUCUGAUGCCCUCGGAACAUGUCUGAUUGGACAAGUCUGUGGUACGUCUGGUUAAUCUUGCUGACUGUGUUCCUGCUCCUGCUCUGCGGGAUCACAGCAAGCUGCAUCAGGUUCUGCUGCCGGAAGAAGAGGCCACCCGUUGAGACCUUCCCUAGGCACCCUUAUGAUCUGACAGUUAUUGCUAUCGACAGCGACAGCACUGCCCAUAGCACAGUGACCUCGUAUAGCUCAUUGCAGUACCCUCUAAGUGCCCCUAUUCAUUCAAUAUUUGUGGAUAUGGAUAAGAACACCGUGUCCCCUCCAGCUUACAGUGUCUAUGCGACAGAGUUGCCACCUUCGUAUGAAGAAGCUGUCCAAAUGGGUAAACAAUCCAUUGAAGAAGCACAGAUAAGCCAGAAACUCAGUGCCAUCCCUGGAGAGGUGACACCAGGUGGGCUGAGUCCCACCCAGUAUUCCCCUGACACCAUCACCAGAGAUCCAGCAACACAGGCAAAUUCAGAAAAUUCAGAAGAUGCAACACAAGAACAGCUGCAGCUCUGACUCAUGUCAAAUGGGGAGUAAAGGAGGAGAAGGACUGUAAGAGUUGAAGACAUGAAGAGUUUGGUUUUAGAGGCAGGUUAUGAUGGAAAGGUGUUUCCUCUCAUGCCCUUGUAGUGAUCUGUCAGUUAGAAGACAAGUUUUCUGUGACGGCUGUAGUCUCCUGGUAAAGCUUCUUCAAGGAUAUGAAAAGAAGCAAAAGGGCAACGGUUGCCCAUAAAAGUGGGACACAAAUCCUUGUUCAUCUGAUUUAAAAAAAAAAAAUAUUCCUGUCUCCAGCAUAUGGCAUUAAAAAAGGUCAGGGAAAUUUUGCCAUCUUGGGAACACACAUGAAGAGUCUGAACAGUACAAACAAGUAGUUGCUCUGGAACAGAAGCUUCCCAAACUGGAGCUGAAAGGGGACUCCUGGCAAGUCACACUGAAUAGCCUCUGUAGUUUCUCUUCUUUUGAGAACAUUAACUGUCCGGCAAAUUGCUGGAGUGCAAAUUGCUGCAUAACGGCACAUGUUCCUUAAACUGCAGGAAGACGGCAAACAGGCACAGGAAAGUGUGUGGAGGGAAAUGCGUUAUGUUGUGUUUCACAACUAGAGACAAGGAAUGAGACAGAUAAGAAAAGAUGCUUUUUGUUGGUGGUGGUCAUGAGACCUGAAGGGACUGAGUUUGAGGUUUUUGUAAAUCUUUAAACUUCUGUUUUCAAGACAAGCUGGCUUGGAGUGGGAUCCUUUUACUAUUUAUUUUUGCCAGUUAAAGUAAAAAUUAUUCUCAGUCACUUGCA